AUGGCCAGAGCCGGCACACCCGGAUGCCACUGCCGCCCCCCGCAGGCCUGGGAACAGGGAACCAGAAGCCACGUGACCCUCCCGCCGGGCUUUCUGUUUCGUCUUCCCGACGCCGCCGGGCUGACCUCCGUGGCUUCCCAGAAGGGCCCCUCCAGGUCCAAGGCAGGGGCUGCUAGCCAAGCCCAGCAGGCGGCGGGGCAGGGACUCCGGGCAGUUCCCAGCAGCAGGAGCAGGAGCCCGGCCGACGGCAGACGGGGCCCCCACCCGCGCCCCGCCCAUCGCCCGCCACGGAGCCGGGAUGGAAGAGCUCGCCAAGCCCCGCGGCCGCUCGCCUGCCUUGUUCCGUGUCCUCCUCCAGCGCGACGGCCGCAAAGUGCCCCCAGACAAGCAGCCUGCGCCCCCCACUUCCGCUUCAGGACGCAGCUCGCUCGCCCACCCCCUCGAUGCCCACCCCCCGCUCCGCAUGCCCAGCCCAAAUCCUGCCCACAAAUUCUGCCCGUGCUUUGCCAACGAGGGAGGGACAUUUGGGAGUGGGCAUCAGGCGGCGGGCGCAUUCAGACGUUCCAGAGCGGGGAGGGCACGUGGUAUGCCCCCUCCCGCGCAUGCGGCUGUACCAUCUCAAGCUGCACACAGUGGGGGACUCGAGGUCACGAGUCGGCGGCGCCUCUUCCCACGCGCAGGAAGACGAUGAGGUCCCCCCCCCCACGGCUGGCUGGUGGCAGGCGCAGCCUCUCAUCACAUGCACGCGCGGGGGGUGCCCGAGCUGGCCCAGGGCGAGGGGCAGCAGCACCCUUCACUCCGAAGGCCGGUCCAGGGCAAGGGGUCGCCGCUGCAUCCCGACAGCAGAGCCCCGCGCGCCGCGCUGACGGCGUCUCCCCCCGGCCCCAGACACGCGGGCGGCUUCCCCGAGAAGAAGAGCAAGCCCGCGCGGAGACCCCCUCGCCUCCUGAGGCAGCGACCCCAGCCUCACGGGGGGCGCGGCAGCAACUCUCUCGGGAGCCGCCGCCGGACUCGCCGCUUUGCUCUUCCUUGCAGCGACCGACCCACCCGAUGGACGGCGGCGCGGGGGGUGGGAUGCCAGCCUACCCAACCCCCGCUCGCUCUGCCUUAGCCGGGCAGCAGCCAGGCGCGCCUCCCCUUCGCCAGCCCCAGCUGUCCUUCCGGCGAGAGGAGGAACUGCUGCCAGCCCUCUGCACACGCUCAGAGGCGCUCUCCGAGGGCUGGGUCCCCAUCCGCCACGCCAGCAUGUUUGCAAGAGCCCCCCGCUUCGAGGCCCCCUGUGCUUCCCCCGCGACAGGAGCGGCUAGCCGGGCCCUAAGGCGGCGGCUGCUCUCUCACCCGCCCGCGAGCCCCCUGCAGGCGGGCCAUUUGUCAGGUAGAGCUGCGCAACCUACCAGACGAAUGGCCCGCCUGCAGGCAGCACAGGGGAGAGGGGAGCCACCCGGGCAGGCAGCAGAGGCCGUUGCGGCGCCUCGGGCGCCCCGCGGCUGGCGAGGAGGAGCCGCUCGUGGUCCCCUCGCCAACGCCCUGGCGUCGCCUGGCCCAGGGGCGGCUGCGCGCAAGCCGUCGGGGGCUUCUUCUCCCCGCCCGCGAAGGCACCCACCUGGGCUCAUCGCUGGCCGGCGGCGGCGGCGACAGCGGCUCCUCUGGCUCUGGCGCCUCCCGCUCGCCCAGCAGCAGCAGCAGCAGCAGGAGGAGGAGGAGGAAGUGAGCGGGGAAGUCUCUCCGGCUCGCUUCGACGCCGGCGGGGAAGUUCCCCCGCUCGCUCGCUCGCUCGCCGCGACGCCCUCGGAAGAAGCUUCCUGCCGCCUCCUGGCGCGCAGCAGGGCGGAGAAGGGCGCCAGAGCCCACUCGGGGUUGCAGGCCGCGCCCCCCCCGUCGUUUUCCUGA